UUAGAAGGGAAGGUCAAAAUAUCAAAACUCUUAAUUAAAGCUUAGAAAACGAUAUAUAUCAGCCCUAUGCUUAUGAGUUAAGUAUAUUUAUUAUGUAUAUGUACAAACGUUUGCCGCUAUAAAAAGUAAACAAAGAAAUUAGAAAAACUAGUUUUCUCAUUUCAUUGAUCUUAUUGUUCUAAUAAAAAAGUUCUUUGAGAUGGAUUAUCAGUAUAUUCUUGGAGGGAUUCUGGCUUGUAGUUUGGCAUUUGUGUUUGUUGUGUAUGGUUUUGGAGAAAAGAAGAAAACAGGUUCAAGUUCAAUGGAUGUGAAAAGUAAUGGAUAUGCAAAGACAUCAUCAGAAAAUGGAAUUUGCUCACAAGAGAUUGUUGGAGAAACAGAUAUCAUCAUUGUAGGUGCUGGAGUUGCUGGUGCUGCUCUUGCCUAUACACUUGGAAAGGAUGGACGGCGAGUACACGUGAUUGAAAGAGACUUAACUGAGCCUGAUAGAAUUGUGGGUGAAUUGCUUCAACCUGGUGGCUAUCUGAAGUUACUUGAGUUAGGUCUUGAGGAUUGUGUGGAUGAAAUUGAUGCUCAAAGAGUGUUUGGCUAUGCACUUUAUAAGGAUGGGAAAAAUACCAAACUGUCUUAUCCCUUGGAAAAGUUCGACUCUGAUGUAUCUGGAAGAAGUUUUCACAAUGGUCGUUUCAUACAGAGAAUGCGAGAAAAGGCUUCAACUAUUCCAACUGUUAAAUUAGAACAAGGAACCGUUACAUCGUUACUUGAAGAAAAUGGAACUAUCAAAGGUGUGAACUACAAAAAUAAGAGUGGUCAAGAGUUCACAGCAAAGGCUCCUCUCACCAUAGUAUGUGAUGGUUGUUUUUCCAACUUGAGGCGUUCUCUUUGUAAUCCUAAGGUUGAAGUUCCCUCUCAUUUUGUUGGAUUGAUUUUGGAGAAUUGUAAUCUUCCACAUGCAAAUCAUGGACAUGUUAUCUUGGGUGAUCCUUCACCAAUUUUGUUUUACCCUAUAAGUAGUACCGAGAUUCGUUGUUUGGUUGAUGUGCCUACUGGCCAAAAAUUACCUUCUCUUGGUAAUGGUGAAAUGGCAAAUUAUUUGAAAACUGUGGUAGCUCCCCAGGUUCCUCCUGAACUGCAUGCUUCUUUUAUUGCAGCAGUUGAUAAAGGAAACAUAAGAAGCAUGCCAAAUAGAAGCAUGCCUGCAUCACCUUAUCCCACCCCUGGGGCUCUUCUGAUGGGAGAUGCCUUCAAUAUGCGUCAUCCUUUAACAGGAGGAGGAAUGACUGUGGCUUUGUCUGACAUUGUUUUGCUAAGGAAUCUACUUAAACCUCUGCGUAAUCUGCAUGAUGCUUCUGCUCUUUGCAUUUACCUCGAGUCAUUCUACACCCUACGCAAGCCAGUGGCAUCUACAAUAAACACAUUAGCAGGUGCAUUGUACAAAGUGUUUUGUGCAUCUCCUGAUCCAGCUAGCAUUGAAAUGCGCCGAGCAUGUUUUGAUUAUUUGAGCCUCGGAGGUGUUUGCUCAGAUGGGCCAAUAGCUCUACUCUCCGGUCUGAAUCCGCGUCCAUUGAGCUUGGUUCUACAUUUCUUCGCGGUGGCUGUAUUCGGUGUUGGCCGCCUCUUGAUACCAUUUCCUUCUCCAAAACGAAUGUGGAUCGGAGCUAGAUUGAUUUCUGGUGCAUCAGGUAUUAUUUUCCCCAUUAUCAAGGCUGAAGGAGUGAGACAAAUGUUUUUUCCAGCAAGUGUGCCAGCAUAUUACAGAAUGCCUCCUGUCCAUUAAGAUGUCCUAAUAAAGGCAUGGUGCAAAUCCAAAUAUGGCCCACUAAUUGCCAAAACGGAUGUGUGGUGGACUCUCUUCUAUAAAUUAUAAAUAUGAAAAUAAUGUGCAACUGCAACCUGUAUUAUUUAUUGUACUAUAUAAUUUUUUGAAGAUUUUUUAUUUGAAUUUUGGACAAAAGAAAUUGGAAAUUCAGAUUUAUGUCACUGUAGUAUUCAUGUCAUUUAUAUGAGAAAUAACAAUCCUUGUCUCUUCCAA